AUGUCGGCCAAGGCCCAGGGCAAGCGCCCCGACAUCAUUGGCCUCGCCCAGAACAGCCCUAGCUCGUCGCCCCUCUCCCGCCGUCCUUCGGUCCUCCAGCCGCACAUGGGUCCCCGCAGGCUCGUCAUCAAGAACUACCGCACGGCCACCGCCAGGGCCGCCACCGGUGUCGACGAGUACUACACGCGUACCCGUGCCGAGCUGGAUGCCGCCCUUGCCGCCAUCUUCGCCGGCCGCCCGACUCCCCAGCCCAUGGAGCGCCUCUACCGCGGCGUCGAGGACAUAUGCCGCAAGGGCGACGCUGCCGACCUGGCCGAGAAGCUCCGGUCCCGCUGCGAUGCUCACCUCAACAGCGAUGACGCCCUCGGCGGCCUACGCACCGCCGCCGAUGCCGACAGCGUCUCCUCCGAUCACGUCGCCGUGAUACGCUCCGUGCUCGCCCACUGGAAGACGUGGAGUGACCAGAUGCUCCUCGUGCGGUGGAUCUACAGCUACAUGGACCGCACAUUCCUCUUAAAUAGCAAACCCACCCAUCAGGGCUUGUACGAUAAGUCGAAGACGUCUCAGAACCUCAACGACAUGGGUAUCAGUCAGUUCCGGAGGGCCGUCUUCGGGUCACGUAGCGACCCGGCCCCCAUUGGAGAGGGUGUCUUAGCAGCCAUGUGCGAGCUCGUUGACUACGACCGCCACGGCGACGAGAGGUUUGAUGCUGCCUUGCUCAAGGAUGCUGUCACCAUGCUGCGCCUCUUUGGCGUCUAUGGCAAGUUCUUCGAGCCCAGGUUCCUGACCGAGUCUCACCUCUACCUUUCCGCGUGCGCCGAGGAGUGGAACAUAACCUACAACCUGAAGGACUACAUCAUGGCCUGCGACAGGUUACUACGCCGCGAGAGUGGGCGCUGUGACGUCUACAAUUUUGACAGCACCACCAAGAGGCAGCUGCGGGACGAUGCCCACCACGUCCUGGUUGACUCUUAUUCGUCCAAACUUCUGGACAGCGGGAGCGUGGCCAAGCUCCUCGAAGCCAACGAUGUAGCGUCCAUGAAAGCCCUCUACGAUCUGCUACGUCUGUCUGACAUCCAAAAGCGGCUUAGGGGCCCGUGGGAGGGCUAUGUCCGCGAGGCCGGAUCAGAAAUUGUAAGCGACACGGCGAGGGGCGACGAAAUGAUCAUCCGCCUGCUAGAGCUCCGGAAGUCGCUCGACAUUAUGAUCCGAGACGCCUUCGGCAAGGACGACGUCUUCACGUACGGCCUGCGUGAGGCGUUUGGCUAUUUCGUCAACGACAAGAAGAGCUCGUCGUCGUGGAACACGGGCACGUCCAAGGUCGGCGAGAUGAUUGCCAAGUACAUUGACAUGCUCCUCCGCGGCGGUCUCAAGACGCUGCCCAAGACACUGCUGUCCGACAACAGGGACCGUGCCGACGCAGAGAAGAGCGGUCUGGCGAGCACGGCCGACGAGGACGCCGAGCUCGAUCGCCAGCUGGACCAGGGCAUUGAGUUGUUCCGGUUCAUCCAAGGCAAGGAUGUCUUUGAGGCCUUUUACAAAAAGGACCUGGCGCGCAGGCUGUUGCUCGGCCGUAGCGCCAGCCAAGACGCUGAGCGUAACAUGCUCUCCAAGCUUAAGAACGAGUGCGGCUCCAGCUUCACGCACAAUCUGGAGCAGAUGUUCAAAGAUCAGGAAAUGGCCCGGGACGAGAUGAGCUCGUACCGAGAAUGGAUCGCCACGUACCGCAAGUUCAAGCCCGGUGGGAUAGACAUGAACGUCAGCAUACUGUCGGCUGCGGCAUGGCCCACGUACUCCAGUAUUGAAGUGUUUAUCCCGCCGGACGUGCAAGAGCGCAUCAACAUGUUUGAUAAGUUCUACGUUCACAAGCACACAGGCCGCCGGUUGACGUGGAAGCACAACCUGUCGCACUGCGUGGUCAAGGCCCAAUUCGACCGCGGGCCCAAGGAGCUGCUUGUCAGCGCCCUGCAGGCCGUCGUGCUGGUGCUCUUCAACGACGUUGAGGAAGGCGACGGCGUGCUCUCGUACGACCAGAUUCUACAAUCCACCGGCAUGCCGGCCCCCGAGCUUGGCCGCACGCUCCAGAGCCUCGCCUGCGGCAAGGUGCGCGUACUGUCCAAAAAGCCGCGGAGCCGUGACGUGCAGCCCACCGACACAUUCACCGUCAACAAGACCUUCGCAGACCCAAAGUACCGCGUCAAGAUCAAUCAGAUCCAGCUCAAGGAGACAAAAGAGGAGAACAAAGACACGCACGAGCGCGUCGCCGCCGACCGCCAGUUCGAGACCCAAGCUGCCAUUGUCAGGAUCAUGAAGAGCAGGAAACAAAUGACGCACGCGCAGCUUGUCGCCGAGGUCAUCAACCAGACCAAGAGCAGGGGAGCUGUGGACGCGGCAGAUAUCAAGUUGAAUAUUGAGAAGCUCAUUGAGAAGGACUACAUCGAGCGAGAGGGCGGGUCGUAUAUCUAUCUGGCCUAG